GAUCAGUUAGUCAACUUCGCAGUCUUGGACUGAAGUACUACAUCAACAAAAAGCUCGCGAGCGAGUCGUCUGUUAAAUCUUCAAACUUCGAGCAAUAAAUGGCGUCUACACAGGUUCCGACCUCGCUAUCUUCAUUCCCAGAAGAGCUUCUUGCUCGUAUACUUGCGUAUUGUGUAAUUCCUCCCCAAGUAUUCCCAGUUCGUCCACCUUGGCACAUCCAACCAAUAUUCUCUCCAUGUCUCUCACCCUUAGCCCGUCCGACACCCCACACCAGUACACGUGCCCGAUUUUCGCCCUUACUGGUUUCCCGGCAGUUCCUCCGCAUCGGUACUCCCAUAUAUUAUCAAACCCUCCACCUUCCGACGGCUGCCCAUGCUGCCCGCGUACUCGAGACGCUUGUCGCCCAGCCGGUCCUUGCUGGUGUAGUACGUCGUGUUGUGUUGGGCUGCGUGUCGCUGGAGGGCGCUCGUGUACUUCAGGCGUGUGAGAAGAUCGAAGAUGUGGAUAUUUGUAUAGAUGUUUAUGAAGCUAAUCCCCGGGGAGAUGCGGCAGAGGAUCAGGAUGCCCAAGCCCUAUGCGACGCACUAGACCAAAUAGACUUGAAGCAUCUUACCAUUCGCAGAACUUCAGAUGCUUAUCUCACACUUACGCGCCCAAAAUACCUUCUUGAGCGCAUUGCAAAGGCUGUACCCGGCUGGUUUAACCUUGAAUCCGUUCACUACGCUCUCAAAAUCAGUUCAACACCAGCCACCAGGCCUUUGGCUGAGGCUCUGAGCCAUGCUCCCAAGCUACGCAGUCUUAAAGGGCAACUACCGGCGAUUUGGAACGACUUGUUCCUCACCAUCUCUAAAAACCCGACUCUCGAACAAAUCGCAUUGUAUGUAGAAGGCGUAGAUGGGAUUUUGCAUACGACCAUGUACAUGAUGGAGGCUAAGAACCACGCACACUUGAGCGAACUGAUCAAAAUUGGAACGUGAGUGCUGUCGUACUCGCCCUUAUACCUAAGUAUAUCUUGGUUUACAGGUCAUUUAUCCGAACGAGGGCACAUACAACUGCUGCUGCAUUGCCGAGUCCACCGUCAACAAGACCAUCGACUCCUCU